CCCUUGCAAGUACAGGAGCGCAAGCGCUGUCUAGUUAUAAACACCCUACUGCGCGGUGCUGUGAGAUAAGUCCAAAAGCAAAGCAGCCACUUGCAUCUUUUCCUACGAUGAGCAAACCUAGAACCCAAAGGAAAGACUCCAAACAUGUCAACCGAAGCCAGAAUCAACAACUCCAGAGAACAGAGAAACAAGCCUCUUGGGCAGCGAUAAGAGGCCUGUUGCCUUGUAGAAGUGUCCAAAUUCAGCAGCCGCAGCUGGAAGCAGUGAAACAACCAAAGCAGAAACAAGAGCAAAGGAAACUACAAGAAGAAGAAGAAGCAGUCUCAGAAGAAAGCAGAAACAAGUGCAAGAAAAUGAGGUGCUCAGGUUCACUUUGUAAUAACACCAAGAUCGUGGCAAGGCCUGAAACAGUGACUCCUGACAUCAACAAGGUCAAAAAGGCGUCUCUGGGUGGAUGUACCUCGGCCAACAAUGAUGCUUCUCAUUCAAACAGAUCCUUGAAAGCUCCUUUGCAAGAACUGAAUGGGGUGGCUGCUACUGCCUCUUCUUCUAACUCUUCUGUGAGUGGGUCUUUUAGGGGAAUGCCGUUCAGGAGGUUCUCUGGUUGCUAUGAGUGUCGAAUGGUGGUUGACCCUCUUCUUCCUUUCACUAGAGACCCUUCUCUCAGGAGUAGCAUCUACCCUUGCCCUCAUUGUGGGGAGAUCUUCAUGAAGCCUGAAAAUUUAGACCUUCAUCAGGCUGUUAAACAUGCAGUAUCUGAACUGGGUCCAGAAGAUACGAGCAAGAACAUAGUGGAAAUCAUAUUCCACUCAAGCUGGCUAAAGAAACAAUCUCCAGUCUGCAAAAUAGACCGCAUCCUUAAAGUCCACAACACCCAGAGGACAAUUACUAAAUUCGAAGAGUACAGAGAGUCCAUCAAAGCCAAAGCCAUAAAGCUUUCCAAGAAGCACCCUCGUUGCAUAGCAGACGGAAACGAGCUAUUGAGGUUCCAUUGCACGACCUCUUUGUGCUCACUGGGCCUAAAAGGCUCCACUAGCCUUUGUAACUCAACACCACAGUGCAGCGCGUGUGGCAUAAUCAAGAACGGCUUCAAGGUGUUUGCCGGUGGAAAAGGUAUACUGACAACAGCGACAAGUGGGAAAGCACACGACAAAGCCGAAGUGUUAGGUGACGAGAAUAAUGAGAAGAGAGCAAUGCUGGUGUGCAGGGUGAUAGCAGGGAGGGUGAAGAAGAAUAUAGAGGGAGGAGGAAUAAUGAGUACGGAAGAGUAUGAUUCUUUAGCAGGGGAAGUUGGGGCUUAUUCCAAUUUGGAAGAGUUGUAUGUGUCCAAUCCUAGAGCUAUUUUGCCUUGCUUCGUCGUUUUCUACUCUGGUUUUUGAUGCGUCUUCUUAAGCUAGAGCCUAAGGACUGAACCUUUCCUACUCUGAAUUUCUUUGCUUGGUUAGCUCUUUUUCAAAUCACCUUAGUUGAAUCAUUAGUACGUGCCAGCGUGGCGAUUGGUGGGGAAGGAUGGAAUAAUCUCAGGUUUGAAUGCAUUGGAGGGUAUCACUUAUCGUUACCUUCCCAAUUGAGGGCUCACAUGACUCAGAAGUGUAUAUUACUGAUCACUGUAUUAGCAUUACAAUUUACCUUUCCC